ACCCUCGUCAUUUCUUGCCCUACUCACUCCCCUCUCUAAUAUACCUUAUUUUCCUCUCUUAUUUUCUCAUAACCAUCAACGCUAUCGAAAAAAAAGAGGAUCGGGUCUUCUUAGAUUGAUAGAGUAAAGAUGUCGACUGAGUCAUCUCGAGAGGAAAAUGUUUACAUGGCGAAGUUAGCUGAGCAGGCCGAGCGCUAUGAGGAGAUGGUUGAGUUCAUGGAAAAAAUUGCAAAAACUGUCGACGUGGAGCCGACUGUCGAGGAAAGGAACCUUCUCUCCGUGGCUUACAAAAAUGUGAUUGGGGUUAGGAGGGCUUCGUGGAGGAUCAUCUCUUCAAUUGAGCAGAAGGAAGAGAGCAGAGGAAAUGAGGAUCAUGUUGCAACCAUCAAGGAGUAUAGAGCCAAGAUUGAAGCUGAGCUUAGCAAGAUCUGUGAUGGGAUUUUGAGCCUUCUCGAGUCUCACCUCGUUCCUUCAGCUUCAUCAGCUGAAUCCAAGGUGUUUUACCUUAAAAUGAAGGGUGAUUAUCACAGGUAUCUUGCUGAGUUUAAGACUGGUGCUGAGAGGAAGGAAGCUGCUGAGAGCACUUUGUUGGCUUACAAGUCUGCUCAGGAUAUUGCUCUUGGUGAACUAGCACCGACUCACCCAAUUAGGCUGGGACUUGCUCUUAACUUUUCUGUUUUCUACUAUGAAAUCCUAAACUCACCUGAUCGUGCUUGCAAUCUCGCUAAACAGGCUUUUGAUGAGGCUAUUUCUGAGUUGGAUACAUUGGGUGAGGAUUCAUACAAGGAUAGUACAUUGAUCAUGCAACUUCUUCGGGACAACCUGACUCUUUGGACAUCCGACAUCACGGACGAAGCCGGAGACGAGAUCAAGGAAGCUUCCAAACCCGAGUCAGGCGAGGGACAGCAGUGAUGAUGAGUAAAGUUCGUAUGACAUGUACUCUGUAUUCUGUUAUUUAUGUCGUAGAUUUUACUUUUUACAUAGAUGAAAUGCGAGUUGUUGUAGAAGAAGGUUCCUUUUUUAUACAUUAAUCGGCACUUGGAGUUGAAAUGAUCCCUUCAAAGGGGACUAUAGUCAUC